CCAACCGCCAUGGCAGGCCAAUGGAAUCCCGGAUUCCGCUCAUUUGUUUAUUCGCCAAUUUGCAUAAGAGAGCAGAAAUCAAAGCACACGGAUUUCACAUUUCAGCGAUCGAAUUACAGCUGGUUUAAUGUUGAUAUAGUCGCCAUAAAAUACAAAAAGAGUUGAAGAUAUGCUACGCUUUAGAUGUUUAUGGUUGUCUAGUUGUUCGUCACUACCUUUUAAUCAACAAUUUGCUCCUUCUCCAAUCCUAUCUUCAUUAAGAUCGAAAAUGGCAGCGGUUUCGUACUCAACACAAUCGUCAUCAUCAUCAUCAAAGAAGUUGCUGUUUCGUCAGUUAUUCGAGAAAGAAUCAUCUACUUACACCUACCUUCUUGCCGAUGCUUCUCAUCCAGAUAAGCCUGCUUUGUUGGUUGACCCUGUAGACAGGACAGUGGAAAGGGAUCUUUCUCUUGUAAAAGAUCUGGGGUUGAAACUUGUAUAUGCUAUCAACACCCAUGUGCAUGCAGAUCAUGUCACUGGAAGUGGACUAAUCAAGACAAAAGUUCCUGGUGUCAAAUCCAUCAUCUCCAAAGCAAGCAAAGCAUCAGCAGAUAUUCUUGUUGAAGCUGGUGAUAAGAUCCAAUUUGGUGAUCUUUACUUGGAGGUUCGUGCAACUCCAGGGCAUACAGUAGGCUGUGUUACAUAUGUUACAGGAGAUGGAGCUGAUCAACCUCAACCAAGAAUGGCUUUUACUGGUGAUGCUGUUUUAAUACGUGGAUGUGGAAGAACAGAUUUUCAGGGUGGAAGUUCACAGCAGCUAUAUGAAUCUGUCCAUUCACAGAUCUUUACAUUGCCAGAGGACACAUUUAUUUAUCCUGCUCAUGAUUACAAAGGGUUCACGGUUAGCACUGUGGGAGAAGAGAUGCUGUAUAACCCACGACUUACUAAAGAUGAGGAGACAUUUAAAAGCAUCAUGGAAAAUUUGAAGUUAUCGUAUCCAAAGAUGAUAGAUGUAGCAGUGCCAGCAAAUAUGGUUUGUGGGUUGCAAGAUGUGGAGUCAAAAGCUGCAUGAUAAUUGAUAAUACUUGUAUUAUGCCUUACUAUACAAGAUCGAACUGCAUAUAGGAAAAAAUAAAAUAUAGAUUUGUAAAUAAGAAGUUUGCGAAAUUCGCAGCUUUAACAUUCACGCGUCAAUGGAUGUUUUAAGACUUGUUGUAA